AUGGUGCUGGACAAGCUAGAUUGGAACCGGUUCAUCUCGCACCAACUUUACCGUGAUUCGUGCCGCCACAUAGACAGGAAGCUCGUGAAGGACCUUAACGAAACUGGACGUGAUCUCAAAUGGGUGGUUAUAGUGGAUGAUAACCCAAAUUCCUUUUCGAACCAAACCGAGAAUGUUAUUUUGAUUCGGCGCUUCGUGAAUUAUAUUUUCGACCUGGAGCUCUGGAAAUUGAGAAGCUUUUUUGAUGGGUCUGAUUGUUAUGAUGACAUGAGAGAUGUUAGAUCUGAACAUGGGUCAGCUCCUACACCGGAUGAUGCGAGUAAUGCAGAUGACGACAUCCGUAGGACACAGUGCUGGGUCGAUGCCGUUGGUGGGAAGAAAAAGGGACGAGUCUACGGUGCAGGACAACUUGCCGCAAACUAUACAGCAUCGAGAGGAGGUACACUGAAGCACCAACCUUCUUCUUCUUCCACCCNUUCUGCUGACGAGGCCAUCCAGCGCUUAACACAGCUACUAGAGCAACGUGACCAGGAAAAUCGUGCAUUGAAAGAAUAA